AUGUAUAGUUCCACUACAAGUGUUCUUGAAACUUUGAAAGAUGAUGUAUCCGCUAAAUAUGCAAGAGGCGAAGCAAAUGAUCUUUUACUUUUAAUGGAUAAUUUUAAUUUUGCACUCACUUUGCAUUUGAUGAAAAAUGUCUUAGGUAUUUCAAAUGAGUUUUCGCAAGCAUUGCAAAAGAAAAAUCAAGACAUCGUCAGUGCCAUGAACUUGGUUAACAUCACAAAGAAAAGAUUACAAAAUCUAAGAGAUGAUGGGUGGGAACCUUUAUUGGAAGAGGUGAGUUUAUUUUGCAUUGAACAUGAUAUUGACAUUCCGAAUAUGGAUGAUAUAUUCUUUCGUGGUAAAUCAAAAUGUGGAAGUGAUUCUCAUUCUAUCACAAUAAGGAAUCACUAUCGCAUUGAAUUAUUUUAUAUUGUUCGGGACAUGCAGCUUCAAGAACUUAACAAUCGUUUUAAUGAGACAAAUAGUCGAUUGCUCAUUUGUAUGGUUUGUUUGUGUCCAAGUAACUUGUUCUUUACUUUUGACAAGGCAAAAUUGAUGGAAUUUGCAAAGUUUUAUUCAAGUGAAUUUUGUCCGACUAGUUUGGUGAUGCUUGAUAAUCAAUUUGAGACUUACAUAAUUGAUAUGCGUAUGAGUGCUGAAUUUGCAUCUUUGAAAGGAAUAAAUGAUCUUUCGAAAAAGUUGGUUGCAACUAAAAGGCAUAUUGUUUAUCCAUUACUUUAUAAGCUUUUGAAGUUAGCAUUGAUUUUACCUGUCGCCACAGCAACUGUUGAACGAUCCUUUUUUGCUAUGAAGAUUUUGAAGACUAGAUUGCGUAACCGAAUAGGAGAUGAGUUGAUGAACAAUUGUCUUGUAACUUAUAUUGAGAAAGAUGUGUUCUCUAAAAUUGAUAAUGAGUUGAUUAUUCAACGGUUUCAAAACUUGAGACCGCGUAGAGGACAAUUAUAG